CCUUGCUCAGUUGCUUUCAUGGUGUCGUCAAAUCAAAUAAAUUGAGUUGCCUCGCGCCAAUAGCUUCGAUCACAAAGGUCGCUACGAAGAGGAAGGAAGAUCACAUCAGCUAGCACCUGGACCGGAGCGGGGUGCUUCGAAAGAUAAAGGAUCCAGAAAACAGUCCCUGCCAGAUUGUUUCUCGCAACCAUAUUUCAACAUCUAAAAUUCUUGUCUUCUUGCAGAAACUGAGCCCAUGGCCGAAGAAAUGGAUUUUUCAACUUUCUACAAAGACAAGGUCUCGCCUUUGAUCGUGAAAAUCAUUCUGGAGAUCUUAUUCUACGGUGUCUACUUCACUCUGUUUUGUGUUUGCAUGGGUCUCCACCGUCAGCAGUGCUACAUCUCGCGAAGACCGCUUCAAAGGGCUGGAUUGAUCGUCUUAUUCUUCUUGGCCACCUCCGCCACCAUCUUGGAUACUACCGCUACAAUGAAGCAGAUCUGGUUGUAUCUGGGCCAAUAUUGGGGAGGUCAGAGCUCUUUAGAUGCGGAGACAGCUUCUAGUAUGACGGUGCGAUUGGAUAUUAUUUGUGGUACUGUGACGUUCGGGCUUUAUGUGAUUUCCAAUUUCAUUGCAGAUCUCAUCCUGAUUCAUCGAAAUUCAGUGUUAUGGAAUGGCUCGAGGUGGAAAAUGAUGAUAUGGGUGCCUCUUAUCAUUUCCAUUACAAACAACGUUCUUGGGAUAAUAGGCAUAGGCUUGGAAGCAUCCAACAUAUCCGUGUAUCCAUCUUUAUCUGUCUCGUUUGACCAGUACACCAAUGGAGAUAAGAUAGUCCUUGCGUAUCUUUUCACGAAUGCUUGUUUAAAUCUCUUACUAACUGGAUGUCUCGCGGGAAGAGUCUGGUGGAUGGGCAAAACGGCAGCAUCAGCGCUUGGAACUCACCCUUUGAGACAAAAGUACCACUCUGCGGUUGCUAUAACUUUCGAGUCAGGGAUCCUCUAUCCCGUCGCAUUGAUAGGGUCAGUCGCAGCCACACUUCAGAAUUCAACCGCGCCAAGUUUGUACCCAUUUCUGAUCCAAAUUGCCGCCAUUGCUCCGACUCUUAUUGUUGUACGCACCGUUUUGGGAAUCAGUAUUGAACAACGGGAUCUUGGUUCCUACGAAGAAGUUAGCUCUGACACGAUUUUAAGCACUUUUGCUCACAGCGGAGAUGCGAUGCCAGCGAUACAUCUUGCGAAUCCUUCGAAAGUCAGCCCAACAUCCGACCUAAUCUCAUACAACAGUCUUCCGAAUCCUACUCCGAUUCUACACUCGGCAGAUGUUGUAACUCCGGGUAAGGGAACGAGAUUGACGUUCAGUCCAUACUAGUAGUAUGACACCACCGUGGAAGGAAGCGUCCUUAUAGGCCUAUUGUCUAAUAAUCGCCAAUAUGAUUGUGAUAACGUUCCGGUAACGCCAUACCUCACUCCAUGGCAUGUACUUUCAUUUUUAAACCUUAAUUCAUUAGCUUGUUCCAUCUGCGGUUUCGUGAGCCGCUGUAACUCCACGAGGGCUUACAGAGACCAGACAUUGACCCGUACAGGAUGUGUAGGGCCAAAAUGACGAUAUCAAGCCUUCUCUCAAUGUAUACCUUGUCGAUCUGAAGCUCUUACAUAAACAAAUUCUACAAUGGAAUGUGAUCUUCAAGGAUUCUUAGUGAAUCAGGGGAGUA